AUGACACCAAGAAAUAUAACAGGUGUUUCAGAAUUUCUUCUUCUGGGAUUUUCAGAAAAACCAGAAUUGCAGCCCUUCAUCUUUGGAAUUUUCCUCUCCAUGUACCUGAUCACUGUGUUUGGAAACCUGCUCAUCAUCCUGGCCGUCAGCUCAGACUCCCCCCUCCACACACCCAUGUACUUCUUCCUCUCCAACCUAUCCUUUGUGGACAUCUGUUUCACCUCCACCAUCAUCCCAAAGAUGCUGGUGAAUACACAGACAGAAAACAAUGUCAUAACCUAUGCAGGCUGCAUCACACAGUUGUAUUUUUUCCUACUGCUUGUAGGGCUGGAUGACUUCCUCCUGACUGUGAUGGCCUAUGACCGAUUUGUGGCCAUCUGCCACCCCCUGCACUACAGGGUCAUCAUGAACCCCCAACUCUGUGGACUGCUAGUUUUGCUUAGCUGGAUAAUCAAUAACCUACAUUCCUUGUUACAAACCUUAAUGGUAUUGAGGCUUUCCUUCUAUAACAAAGUGAAAAUCCCUCACUAUUUCUGUGAACUCAAUCAGGUGGUCAGACUGGCCUGUUCUGACACUUUUCUUAAUGACGUGGUGAUGGGAUUUGCAGCUGCGUUGCUGGGUGGUGGUCCCCUCGCUGGUAUCCUUUACUCCUACUCUAAGAUAGUUUCCUCUAUACGUAGAAUCACAUCUGCUCAGGGGAAGUAUAAGGCAUUUUCUACCUGUGUGUCUCAUCUCUCAGUUGUCUCCUUGUUUUAUUGCACAAGCAUAGGAGUGUACCUUAGCUCUGAAGACACCCAAGGUUCACACUCAGGUGUAAUUGCCUCGGUGAUGUACACUGUGGUCACACCCAUGAUGAACCCCUUCAUCUACAGUCUGAGGAACAAAAACAUACACAGGGCUCUGAAAGCAUUCUUUGGAACCAUAGCUAUAAAAGGGCCACUUGCCUUUGGCUGA